AUUUAUACAUCUUUCCAAACACAAAAAAAAAAAGAAAAAGAAAGAAAAAGAAAGCCAAGAAAGAAAAUAGUACUAACGAUGAGAGGAAGAGAAGAAGGAGAAGAACAAGAGUCGAGGAUCCCUCUUCUGAAAAGCCAUGAAACUACGGAGGAAAACGGUGGUGGAUUGAAGAAUAGGAUUUGGGUUGAAACAAAGAAGCUAUGGCAAGUCGUUGGUCCUGCGAUAUUCACUCGUAUAACCACAUAUUCUAUGCUUAUAAUAACUCAAGCAUUCGCUGGUCACCUCGGAGAUCUCGAACUCGCAGCUAUAUCAAUCGUUAAUACUGUCAUCGUUGGCUUCAACUUCGGCCUCUUGCUUGGAAUGGCGAGUGCGUUGGAAACGUUGUGUGGACAAGCGUAUGGAGCAAAGAAAUAUCAUAUGUUGGGAGUUUAUAUGCAACGUUCUUGGAUUGUUCUCUUCUUUUGCUGUGUUUUGUUGUUACCCACUUAUCUUUUCACAACUCCGGUUCUCAAAUUUCUUGGUCAGCCUGAUGAUAUCGCUGAGCUUUCUGGUGUUGUCUCCGUUUGGGUCAUCCCUCUUCAUUUUGCUUUCGCUUUGUCUUUUCCGCUUCAACGUUUUCUUCAAUGCCAGCUCAAAAACCAGGUGACUGCGGUUGCGGCUGCGAUUGCAUUGGUGGUUCACUUUUUUGUGUGUUGGUUAUUCGUUGAUGGGCUUAAACUCGGAGUUGUGGGGACUAUGGCUACGGUUAGUAUCUCUUGGUGGGUCAACGUUCUUAUUACAUUAGGUUACUCGGUUUGUGGUGGCUGUCCACUCACUUGGACUGGCUUCUCCUCAGAAGCAUUCACGGGACUUUGGGAGUUUCUCAAACUCUCUGCUUCUUCAGGCGUCAUGCUUUGUUUGGAGAAUUGGUAUUAUCGGAUUUUGAUAAUAAUGACAGGAAAUCUCCAGAAUGCCCGAAUAGCUGUUGACUCUUUGUCUAUAUGCAUGUCGAUAAAUGGUUGGGAGAUGAUGAUUCCUAUUGCUUUCUUCGCCGGAACCGGUGUACGUGUGGCAAAUGAACUAGGAGCAGGCAACGGGAGAGGAGCAAAAUUUGCAACUAUCGUAUCAGUGACACAGUCUCUAAUCAUCGGAUUAUUUUUCUGGGUGAUCAUAAUGCUUUUCCAUAACCAAAUCGCUUGGAUCUUCUCUUCAAGUGAAGAAGUCUUAAUGGCCGUUAAUAAACUCUCAAUUCUGCUAGCUUUCACAGUUCUGCUUAACAGUGUCCAACCGGUUCUUUCCGGUGUUGCGGUUGGAUCGGGCUGGCAAUCAUACGUGGCUUAUAUAAACUUGGGAUGUUACUAUUGCAUAGGAGUUCCAUUUGGGUUUGUAAUGGGCUGGGUUUUUAACUUUGGUGUCAUGGGUAUUUGGGCUGGUAUGAUUUUUGGAGGAACUGCAAUCCAGACAAUGAUCUUAGCUUUUAUCACAAUGAGAUGUGAUUGGGAAAAAGAGGCGCAAAAGGCUAAUACGCGUGUUAACAAAUGGUCCAACAUAAUCAAAUGAGCUGUAUAAUUUUGCGACUUUGUUUUGUAUUUUAAAUUUUGAAUAUCAUGUUAUCAAAUUGUACCUAGAAACCGUUUCAGUUAUACAGUUGCUCUUAAAAAAAGUUGCUCUC